AUGUCGCUAGUUCGAGGAUAUAUAUCAUUUACCAUUCUAUGUUUCUGCUAUGGUACAUCCUACGCUGUUACAUCUCUUUUGAUCGGAAAAGUUAAUGAUUCUGCCUUUGCAUUGGCAAGGUCAUUUGCAGCAGCCCUCGCCGCGACAGGUUACUUGUUUUUCAAACUUAGAGAUCCACAAUAUAAGCAAAAAGCAUUGCAAUCACUUAGAUCAGGUGAAACAAAUUUCUUUCUGAGUUUCUGUGGAGGAAUUUUCUUCUUAGGUAUUCCAAUUACUCUAAUCAUUAUUGCUCAAAACAAAGUUCCUUCAUUCAUUGUUAUCAUUUCACAGCCAACUGUUCCGUUUUUCUCAAUGAUUGCUGCCCAUUUUAUGACAUCUGACGAAAAAAUCAAUUUUCAUAAUUUGUUAGUUCAAUUAUGCGCUAUAUUUGGCGCAGUCUUAACUCUUGUGCCUUCAUUAUCAUUUAGUGGUGAUAAUUCCGAGUCAGAUCCGUUUUCAUAUAUUUUACUAUUAAUAGCUUUAAUCUUAUUCAGCAUAGGAUCGAUUUACAUCAAAAUUUACCUAGCAAGCUCCGAUUUCACUCUCUCAUGCACAUUUUCGACAUAUGGCGCCUUUUGCUACUCCGCACUGUCUGCUUUUUACAGAGCUGGAUUUGUUGAAGUUUUCAAAGGAAUUGGGAAUAUGUUUCCGUUUACAAUUAUUGCAGUUUUCAUUAUUGGUGUAAUUUACAAUGGAAUUCCAACAUUCUUAUUCAUGGAUGUUGUUAUGACAUUAGGUGCUGUUAAAGCUCAAUUAACUAACUUUGGACAGAUUAUUAUUGGUGUUUUUGUCGGAGUUACGUUUUUGGGCGAAUGGGAUGGAUAUGCUCCAAGAGAUGUCCAAAUUGUAUGUUGCGGUUUAGUUUUCAUCAUUGCUGCAAUGGUUGCAGACCUUCUUUCGCAAGUUCAGAAAAAUCAAUUAGUUUGUGAGAUUAAUUACUUGGCAUUAGUGAUAAUGAUUGUAUUUACAAUGGGUGCUCAACUUGCUUAUGCUUAUUAUUACUACCCAGCUGGUAGAGUUAAUGUACUUGUAAGAACUAAAUAA